UUCAUUGACGACUGACGUGACAUUAGUUUAAUACGUGCAUAAAUAAAUGAUAAAUAAUUGUAGUUUUUUCCUUGGUGUUAACCAAGAUAUACCUUAAAAAUGGCAAAUUGUGGUGAAUUUAUCAAAAGGCACUUUCCUUUAAUUGAUGAGGAGUUAAAAAAAUAUGUUGAAGAUGUUCUGGAUAGCAGUGCCGGUGAAUUUGAAGAUAAAGAAGAAGUUUUUGAAGCUAUAGGCGAGGUUCUCCAAGGAGUAUCGGAAAAAUCGGAAGAUGAUAUAAGGGAUAUAUGUGAAAAAUUAUUACAUAUGCUACAACCCGAAAAAAAUUCUGUACAAAAUGGCCCAAGAAAAGUAUUAGAUGCUCCAAUACACUUAGCAUCAAUGACAGUGCCAUCAAAUGAGGACAAAGAUGUUAAAAGCAUAUGGCUUCAGACAAGAGAUGAUAAUUUUAAAGUGGACGCGAAAAAAUUAGAAAAGGCGGAAGCGAAAUUGCAACAAAAGCAACAGAAACAGAAAGAUGCAAAGGCUCUCCCAGUGGCAGCUCCUGUGCUGCAAACUGCAACAGCGUCACAGGUCACCUCUAAAAAGGAUAGCAAGUUAGAAGCAAAGGGAACUAAUAGGACGCAGGAUAUCAGGAUAGAAAACUUUGAUAUAGCUUACGGUGACAGAGUACUACUACAAGGUGCGGAUUUGGUGCUAGCAUUCGGCCGACGUUACGGUCUCGUCGGUAGAAAUGGACUCGGCAAAACCACUCUCCUCAGAAUGAUAUCGGCGAAACAAUUGAAGAUACCCUCUCAUAUAUCGGUGUUGCAUGUGGAGCAAGAGGUUGUUGGUGAUGAUACGAUCGCUCUACAGAGUGUGCUAGAAUGUGAUACUGUUAGAGAAAAUUUGCUGAGACGGGAAAAGGAAAUUACAGCCGCUAUUAAUACUGGUUCGACAGACCCAAGUCUAUCAGCCGAAUUGACGGAGGUGUAUGCACAAUUAGAAAACAUUGAGGCGGAUAAGGCGCCGGCUCGGGCUUCCAUUAUAUUAAGUGGUUUGGGAUUCUCACCGGAGAUGCAGGCGAGAGCUACUAGAACAUUCUCUGGUGGUUGGAGGAUGAGGCUAGCCCUUGCUAGAGCUCUGUUCUCUAAACCCGAUCUACUAUUACUCGACGAACCAACAAACAUGUUGGACAUAAAAGCGAUCAUCUGGUUAGAGAAUUAUCUACAAAACUGGCCCACGACGUUACUGGUUGUAUCUCACGACCGAAACUUCUUGGACACUGUGCCGACUGAUAUUCUACACUUACAUACGCAACGGAUUGAUAAUUACAGGGGUAACUACGAGCAGUUCCACAAGACGAAGACGGAGAAGCUGAAGAACCAGCAGCGCGAGUACGAGGCGCAGCAGCAGCACCGCGCGCACACGCAGGAGUUCAUCGACCGCUUCCGGUACAACGCCAACCGGGCCUCCUCCGUGCAGAGCAAGAUCAAGAUGCUGGAUAAGCUACCAGAACUGAAACCCAUAGAGAAAGAAAUAGACGUGGUAUUAAGGUUUCCUGAGACAGAACCGCUCUCUCCCCCCAUCCUGCAACUGAACGAAGUUGGAUUCCAUUACUCUAAGGAUAAAAUUAUUUUCACGAAUGUCAACCUUGGUGCUACACUCGAAUCUAGAAUAUGUAUUGUAGGUGACAACGGAGCGGGUAAGACGACGUUACUGAAAAUCAUAAUGGGCAUACUAUCUCCCACGAGUGGAAUCCGCAGCGUACACAGGGGGCUCAAGUUCGGCUACUUCUCGCAGCAUCACGUGGACCAGCUCGAGAUGAAUGUGAACUCAGUUGAACUGCUGCAGAGGAAUUAUCCUGGUAAACCAGUAGAAGAAUACAGAAGACAGCUAGGUAGUUUCGGCGUGAGUGGAGACCUAGCUUUGCAGACGAUAGCAAGUUUAUCUGGAGGACAGAAAUCUAGAGUGGCGUUCGCUAACAUGUGCCUUGGGAACCCUAAUUUCUUAGUUCUUGACGAACCCACUAAUCACUUGGAUAUAGAAACUAUUGAAGCGCUGGGCAAGGGGAUCAAUAAAUAUACGGGCGGUGUUAUUCUUGUAUCUCACGACGAAAGGUUAAUACGAAUGGUUUGCAAAGAGCUGUGGGUGUGUGGGGGAGGCUCCGUCAAGAGCAUAGAAGGAGGCUUCGAUGAAUAUCGCAAAAUCGUCGAGAGAGAACUCGAAGCCCAAAACAACAAGUGAUAAUAACUCAUAUAUAUUAUACCAUGUAAAAAAGGAUCAUCUAAUAAUAAUACUGUACUAUAAUA